GCCCACGUAUGCAGACCAAAAAUAGACAGGUGUGUGAUAUAGAGAAGAACACAGCAGGUCUCUGUGCUUAGUUGGUGUGGCUGGAAGUUGGACAACACCAUGUUGAAGGCUGUGUUGGUGAUUACUCUGUGCCUGACGGCCUCAGCUCUGGCUCUGGAUGAGUCUCCUGAAUCUCCGGAGACUCCUGAAACUGGAGGCAUUAUAAUCAACCUGAACAAUGGUGAGUUGUGUCUGGUCAGUGGUCAGUGUAAGAGCUCCUGUUGCCAUCGCCCGGACGCCCUCAGCCUGGCUCGCUGUGCCCCCCGUGCUGCAGAGCGAGAAGUGUGUUCCAAGAAGAGCCUGUAUGAAACCUAUUACUUCUGCCCCUGUGAGGCUGGACUCAGGUGUGAAGGUGAUUGGUCCAUUGGAGGCUCCAUCGUCAACACCAACUUCGGAAUCUGCGAAGACCCCAGAGCUCCCAAAUAAAACUUUCAGCUCAGAACUAAACAGAAUAUGCUUCAUGGCUUUAAUGGAAAAGUCAGUGAUUGCUUAUUGGAACUACAUUAAACAUAAUUAAUAACACAUGAAUUAAUACUGAAUUGGGUACAUUACUUUUAUGCUAAAUAAAAAAAAGGUCAGUA